GCGGUCUGAAGCAGUGACGGUGCUCUUCACGGCACAGAUCGCACGGAAGAAGCCGGUCUGGCGUGAGGGCCAGUUGCACUUCGCCCGUGGUAGCGCCAUCCUCCUGGAUGAGGAGGGGCAGCGACUGGAGGCGACUCCGGCAGAUGGACUUCAGAAUUGGUUCAAGCAAGGUGGUGAGUUCCGUCUGGAGCGGCACAAGAUUCUCCUGGAGCUGAGUGAGUCUGUUGGGAGUCAGCAGACCUUCACAAACCGCGAGGAGCAAGCCGGCGUCACCAAUGACCCGAAGGCACCGUUCCGUGCACCGCGUUCGACACCGCGCCUGCUGCAUGCCCGGAUCAUGAAGGCAACGGUGCAGGACCAGCGGACGCCAUGCGAGGCGCAUGCCGAAGGGAAGGAGCAAGAUCUAUGGCUUCGCUGUGUGGUGGCUGUGGAGAAGGCCGCCCGCCGCGAGUGCGAAGGCACGAAGAAACAGGAUCUCUGGGAAGGGGUCAGUCGGGAGGAGGCUCUCGUGAACAAAUUUCGCCGGAUUUGGUAUGGGCAGCCUGAGGAUGUGUGUUGCAAUGUAGGCCGCUGA